UUUGGUUGGUGGCGCUGUGCGCAUGCCCAAUGCUGAUGCCGGUUAUGGCGGCGGUGUGUAUGUUUCCAUGAGGCGGUUAGCAAGAGCCAUUCCCACGGACUGAGAGAGCAAAGAGAGACCGAGGCCAUGGCUGGCGUGUUCGAUAUUGACUUGGACCAGCCAGAGGAAAAUGUCUCCGACGAUGAACUGGAUGAGGGGGCUGAGAUCAGCGAGUACAUGGACCAGUGCAGCGGUUUUGAAUUUAACAUGGAUGACUGUGAGAAGUUUGAGAUAUCAGAAGACAGUGUUAACAAGGGAACGGAACAGAUUCGUCCGGAGUGUUUUGAGCUGCUGCGGGUCUUAGGGAAAGGAGGUUAUGGCAAGGUUUUCCAAGUUCGAAAAGUGUCUGGAGCCACUUCAGGAAAAAUAUUCGCCAUGAAAGUCCUUAAGAAGGCCAUGAUCGUGCGGAACGCGAAGGACACGGCCCACACCAAGGCCGAGCGGAACAUUCUGGAAGAGGUGAAGCACCCGUUCAUCGUGGACCUGAUCUACGCCUUCCAGACCGGCGGCAAGCUGUACCUCAUCCUGGAGUACCUCAGCGGUGGGGAGCUGUUUAUGCAACUGGAAAGGGAAGGAAUUUUCAUGGAGGACACAGCCUGCUUUUAUCUGGCGGAGAUCUCCAUGGCCCUGGGGCACCUGCAUCAGAAAGGCAUCAUCUACAGGGACCUGAAACCAGAAAACAUCAUGCUCAAUAACCACGGUCAUGUGAAGCUGACAGACUUCGGACUGUGCAAAGAAUCGAUCCACGACGGCACGGUCACCCACACUUUCUGUGGUACCAUAGAGUACAUGGCUCCAGAGAUCCUCAUGAGGAGCGGACACAACCGAGCGGUGGACUGGUGGAGUCUGGGGGCCCUAAUGUACGACAUGCUGACAGGCGCGCCUCCCUUCACUGGUGAAAACAGAAAAAAGACCAUUGACAAAAUUUUAAAGUGCAAGUUGAACCUCCCACCCUACCUCACACAAGAAGCCAGGGACCUUCUAAAAAAGCUGCUUAAAAGAAACGCCUCAUUACGACUUGGGGCGGGACCAGGAGAUGCCACUGAAGUGCAGACCCACUCCUUCUUCAGACACAUUAACUGGGAGGACCUCCUCGCACGAAAAGUGGAGCCUCCAUUCAAACCUUUCCUCCAAUCUGCGGACGACGUGAGCCAAUUCGACUCCAAGUUUACGAGCCAGCCCCCCGUAGACAGCCCUGACGACUCCACGCUAAGCGAAAGUGCCAAUCAAGUCUUCCUGGGGUUUACAUACGUAGCUCCGUCUGUGUUGGAAAAUGUCAAGGAGAAAUUCUCGUUCGAGCCAAAAAUACGUUCGCCGAGACGAUUUCUUGGAAGCCCAAGGACACCCGUCAGUCCUGUGAAGUUCGCUGGAGGCGACUGCUGGCCCCGGGGGUCCUCACUGCUGGGAGCUCCCACCCUGCAGACCCCCACAGAGCUGGCCAUGGAGGUGUCCGCCAUGGAGCAGAUGGACGUCACCACCAGCGCAGAGGCCUCGGCCCCCCUGCCCAUCAGGCAGCCCUCGGGUACCAACACGGGGUCCUUCAAGAAGCAGGCCUACCCCAUGCUCUCCAAACGGCCCGAACAUCUACGCAUGAAUCUAUGACGUUCAGCUCAACUUAGGCUUCGGUUUGUUUUGUCUAUAUAUUUUUUUUUCAUUUUUUUAGGACUAUUACAGAGGACUAAAACUGACCGCCAGCAGUACCAUACCCCCUCCUACCAUGCACCCCCCUCCAUUUUAUGAGCUUGUGCUGCAGUGGGCUUUAGGGGGAGACGCUGGCCUACGGUCAUCGUGGGGGUCAGAGGGGUUGGUGUGGUCAGUUUGAUCGAGUGAGACUGGGCCUGACCCCUAACCGCUAAGAUGAAUUUCUACUAUUAUACCAUUGCAGUGCGUCAGGGUAAUUGUGCGAGUGCAAAAAAAAAAAAAAAAAGUAACCCGUUUCAGCAACAGCCAUCAAAAAAAAUAAAAAGAAGGAAAAAAAAGUGAUUGGCCAUUUGCUGCAGACUGGCUGAACGCGCCAUGGUGCUCCACUCGAGUCGAUCAAACGCUGUCGAGGAACUGCUUCCGUGAAUGCUUUAAAAUAUUUUCCAGUGUUACUCUGGGUGCAGCAUUGCUUUCCUGUUCAGAAUGACGUGACUGAAAUCAUUGGACUCUGAGAGACUGUAACAGAAGUGAUAAAAUUACUUUACCAAGCAGGGAUUCCCUCGUAAGUCUUACAUAGUAUAUCCGAGUGCUGCAGAAGCAUGCAGCCGAAACACUAUUAAACCAAGGAAUCGACCUAUAUGACCGCCUCAAUAAAAAAAUCGAAGUGUGUACUUUUUAAA